AUGCAAUUAUUCUUUUCUCGUCAAAAACCAAAAACUGAUGCUAAAAGUGCUAUAGUUCGUCUUAGAGAAACUUUGGAUAUGUUGGGAAAACGGGAGAGUCAUUUGCAAUCCAAGAUUGAUGCCGAACUUAAAAAUGCUAAAUCGAAUGCGGCUACUAAUAAAAGAGCUGCUUUGAUGGCACUUAAACGAAAAAAACAAUAUGAAAAUCAGAUCGAAAAGAUAUCCGGAUCACGUAUUACAAUUGAAGCACAAGUUAUGGCAAUUGAAAAUGCAAAUGUCAAUUUGGAAACUAUUAAAGCUAUGGAAAAAGGUGCCGAAGCAAUGAAAGCGAUACACAAUAAUAUGUAUAUUAUUUAUAGAUUGUAUUUUCAAAAAAAAUAA